UGGUGGUAGAGUGGCCAUUCAGAGGAUCUUGGAUGCGCAACAUGCAUCGGUCAAUCCAAAGGUUCUUGAUGAGGCUGAGGAAGAGUUGAAUGCCCUACUGGACAAGGACCAUUCAGACCAGAUAAAUUUCUCUGAAUUGCAGAGCGUUGUGGCGAAGCUCGAAAUGAGUGGAAAAGAAGUUCAAUGAGUGAAAAAGCUAAGCAAGGCACAAAAGAACGCUGAAGACAAUGGUCAUUACCAUGAUGCAUAUGAGCUAGAAAUGUUGGUUGUGGAGAUGCUCAUCUACAUGGGAGAGUAUGAAGAAGCUCUAAAACGUAAAUGUCUACGAGACCAAGAGAUAUGGGACGCCCGGCAGCCUCUUUAUAAGACUGUUAUUCAAGUACUAUUGGGACACGAUAAGGAUGCUGAAGAAUAUUGGAAUGAGUUUCAGAAGAUUCGAAAUCGUUUUCAAUUGCCGGAUUGUUUCCACGAUGUAUUGGACCAUUCAGUUGCAAGAGAUUUUGACGAGUUCAAAGAGACCGUCAAUUUUCUUAAGAAAGAAAUUGAAGAUGCUCGUAAGAAGCCCAAAUAAUGUUUGGGAAGAGGAGCCAUGCAUGGUUAUGAAGAACCAAAAAAAAAAAAAAAAAAACAUUGUACCAUUUCAAUUCCAAAUCCUGUAAACAUGGUCUUUACAAGUUCUGAGUCGAGUCAUGACUCAGCUGAGUCAGGUUUGUACCCAAAGCAAUCGUGAGGGUGGGUGUAAAUUCACAGGAAUUCUUUUCAAAAAUUGGAUGUGCA